GGUAGGUGGCAGUGAACGUUCUCAGGUAGGGAGGGCAGCUUUGAAGGGGGGCGUGUGUUCCUCUCGCACGAGCGCUCCCAUGUUGCGCAGCAGCGUGGAAACCUGACGUGGUGGUGGAACAGUCAGAGUGGCGUGUGUGAGUGUGUGUGCGUGCGUGUGUGUGAGUGUGUCCGAGCUGCGGCAACAUCUUAAAGCGGCCGUGGCUGCGCGCGCGCUCAGCGGCGGACCCACGGCGGCAGGACGGCGGCGGCGACACGCUCCGGAAGCCGUCGGCCGGCGGACGCGGCUGACCCGAGGAGCUGACUUUGACGAACGACACUCGGACUUCGCUGGCUGGAAAAGGUGGAACUAAAGUCAAACUGACUUGUGAGCGAUGCACUGGCAGCAUGGCCAAGUGGUUCAAGGAGCACCUAGGAUUCAAAACUACCAAAGCACCCCCUCCGGCGCCUCCGAAACCGGACUACAGGCACUGUCACGGCGGUGUGUCCGCUGCGCUCGGCGGCUCCGGCGGGGCCACCUUCCCGAGCCCCGCUCAGCCGGACAUCCUCGCUGCUUACAAACUCCAGAAGGAGCUGGACUUCGAGGACCCGUACUCUCCAGGUGGAAAUAUUUCCUUUGGUUCCGGCGUGAACGCGGUGGGCGCUCCGGAUAUCAAGUACGUGUCACCCAAACACCGACUUAUCAAGGUGGAAACAGUGGAAAAGAGCAGCUCGGCUCCGGGCGGAACCAUCACGGUGGCCCAAGCUGUGGCCGUGGGGAGCGUGAAAUCUCCCACUUCACCUCCGCCGGACCACGACAACAAAGACAAGCUGAUUAUCCUUGAAGACUAUGCAGACCCUUUUGAUGCUGAACAGGCCGGUGGCACUCAGACCAGCACAGAAAAGGUGACAACUGAGAACGAUGGUUACAUGGAGCCUAUGAAGCCCAGAAGAUGA